GACCAUGGCCAGUGCAGAAUCCUCACUGCUCACAACCCUAGGGCCCAACUCAGCUCCUGGCAACAGUGAGGUGGAGCUGGACUGCUGGUUUGAUGAAGAGUUCAAGUUCAUCCUGCUGCCUGUGAGCUACACAGUUGUCUUUGUGCUGGGUCUAGUCCUCAAUGCUCCAACCCUCUGGCUCUUCCUCUUUCACCUCCGACCCUGGGAUGCAACGACCACCUACAUGUUCCACUUGGCUUUGUCAGACACGUUGUAUGUGCUGUCACUGCCCACCCUCAUCUACUAUUAUGCAGCCCGAAACCACUGGCCCUUUGGCACUGAGCUCUGCAAGUUCAUCCGCUUCCUCUUCUACUGGAACCUCUACUGCAGUGUCCUUUUCCUCACCUGCAUCAGUGUGCACCGCUACCUUGGAAUCUGCCACCCCCUGCGAGCAAUACGUUGGGGCCGCCCAAGACUCGCAGGCUUUCUCUGCCUGGCAGUUUGGUUGGUUGUAGCCAGCUGCCUUGUGCCCAACCUGUUCUUUGUCACAACCAGCUCCAGGGGGGAUACCAUCCUGUGCCAUGACACCACUCGGCCUGAGGAGUUUGACCACUAUGUUCACUUCAGCUCAGUAAUCAUGGGGCUGCUCUUUGGCAUACCCUGCGUGGUCACUCUUGUCUGCUAUGGGCUCAUGGCCCGGCGCCUGUAUCGGCCUUUGCCAGGGUCUUCCCAGUCGUCUUCUCGUCUGCGUUCUCUCCGCACCAUUGCAGUGGUUCUGACUGUCUUUGCUGUAUGCUUCGUGCCUUUCCACAUCACCCGCACCAUUUAUUACAUGGCAAGGCUGUUGGAAGCUGAUUGCCAGGUGCUGAACAUUGUCAACGUGGUCUACAAAGUGACCCGGCCUCUGGCCAGUGCCAAUAGCUGCCUGGAUCCUGUGCUCUACUUGCUCACUGGGGACAAGUAUCGUAGGCAGCUCUGGAAGCUCUGCAGUGGUGGCACCCCCGAGCCUCCCAGGGCUGCCUCCUCCCUGGCAUUGGUGUCCCUACCUGAGGGCAGCAGCUACAGGAGGACAGACCCCCAGGAUAGUGGCUGCCCUACCCCUAGGGCAGAUAAAUUGUAGCACUGGAAGCCUGGAAGGAAGAGAAAAGGGGGUGAGUGCAGGGCAGAGGUGAGGGAUCCUAAUGGUGACAACUCAUAUUGUUGCUUCCUCUUAGUUCCAGGGCUCUGGUGAGAGGCCCUCUCUCUGAGGGUUAGGGGGAGCCAGGAAAAUCACGUGUGACCCCAACUCUCAUAAAUCCUUCAGUUGCCCUCUACUUUUUAGCCAAAGGCAGUAGCAGCCACUCUUUCUCCUCUACUUCUUCCUCUUAGUUUCCUGGGGCCAUUGGUCCUGUUUCUUGAUCCUAGGAACCCUUCCCCAGCCUUCCUUCCCCCUCCUUUCCCCCAUAUCCUUGUAUAGCAUAUGUUACUCCAGUCAGACCAGAGCAUUCAACUGGAAGAGUGGAGAAACUGCCGUAAUCUCAGGGUUGGCUUGAUUUAUCUGACGGUGACAGCCAGAAUUAGGAGGUAGGGGCACCAGUAUGUCACAGAUGCCAAAGAUAUGACAUAUGUAGCUCCCAUAGCCACUUUCCAGUUUCCCUGUGAGGACAGGAUAGUCUGGUCUACUUAGGUGCUGAAAUAGGGCACAAUCCAAGACAGCCUGAAUGCCACAGUCUCCACAUGCAGCUGGAGGCAUGGCACUGUUGAACUGGUGUGUAGCAGCUAGGUAGAGAGGGAACCCUGAGUCUUACCAUGGGCUGGGAAUUUUGAAGAGCCUUGAGGGCAUGGCCCAAUCUGAUAAAGGACUUUGGAACAGGAAUGGGACAGGACCUCCUUUAUGAAGUUUGCUGGGGCAUAUCUGACAGUUCUGUAUUUAAUGAAAGGAAGAGGGGAAUGGCUCAGAAGGGAGGGAGGAGCUUUCAUGUCUAUGGCUGUAAGUUCCAGCAUUAAGGGGCAGAGCAGGUUUGUGCAGAGUUUGGGAGUGGUGACAGGGAUUGACGUCAGAGCUGGCUCUUCACUGGUCUCUUCCAUUUCUCUAGCUCCUGCCCUAGAUAAAUAAUAAACAAGUCACCAGUUCUUUCAGAUCAAGAUUUAUGGUUUUGAGGCCAGAGAAGGGCACUGGGACCAGGACAGCUCCCUUCAGAGUCUCGC